GCAAAAGUAGCAUAUAUACUCCUUGGGAUCUGUCUGCCAUGCAAGAUCUCAAAUCAUUCCCAUCUUUCUCAAAUUUCGUAGAAUUCCACCACAAUCCCCUACAUCUGCCAAAAUUAAAUCUUCCAAAAUGUUCCGGCCAGUCAUGAAACAAUCAUUUACGACUCUAACACCACCCAAAAGUAUUCCCAAACGAGCCUUCACCAUCUCAAGCCAAUCAUAUUCUCACACUCCCAUGGGCGCCAGAAUUCUUUCACCCACCUUAACUUUCAAAGGACAUCGCCCAGCACCUUUCUGUCCCGCAAGUAUCUCUAAUCACGCAUUCGCCAGAACCUUCAAAGUCUACUCCUUGUAUCCACAACUUCCAGUCGCUACGACUAUGGCACUGGCUUAUUUCUCAUUCCCCAAAGUAAACGGUAUUUCAAAUGCUAUGUCCUACUACGCUGCUCUCCCUCUAUCUACCAAUUUUUCAUAUCAAAACCUGGAGUGCGAAGUGAGAUGCGCAUUAAGAGAGUCUUGUAGAAUGGCAAUGUGGAUACGAGAUAGUGGGGGGAAGGAUGGAAAUGAGGCCGAGGCCGCGGCUGUAGUUGGGACUGGAGAUAUCGAAAGGAAUAAGGAGGAGGAAAUGAGAAGAUUAAAGCUUGAUAUCACAGUUAUUUGGCAGGAAGUGAGGAUUGGGAAUGUGGGGAGUGUAUCUGAAGGAAGUGAAGGCGGGGCGGAAAUGAGCAUUAGUGGAAUGGAUAGAGAAGAAUUCGGCAGUGUGUUGAGUUUGAUGGCGAUGAGAGGGUGGAAGGACAUUUUUUGUGUAAGGGUUGGGGGUGAGGAGAGAAAAAUGGAAGAGCAGGAGGGAGAGAAAAUGCUUGGAAAGGAGGCGGAUGGAACAAAUGAUCGCAUGAGUAUUCUUUGAGGGCCCCGUUAAUAUCCUGGGCUACAGUAUCAGUCAGGAGUGGUGGAAUUGUCA